CCUCAGGCUUCUCAGCUGCGAGACGUUAGCAACGCAGCUGCACGCGCACGCGAACCUCGUCACACUGCUUGAAAUGCGCCCCCACGUCACAUCGUUCCCGCUACUUCAGCCCACCUACGCUACUCUGCGCUGAGCGCGUCCGCGGCACCUCACCCUCGGUCGUGCCGCUCGCCCUGAGCUCCCACCGCUACAAUGCCGCCCACCGCAGGCACGCGAACGUCUACACGGCAGGGCCGCGCCACUGUCCGCCCUACCAACUACUAUGCGCGCAGCUUCGCCGGCCGUCUCGCUGCGCACGGGAUGGAGCAGACGCCCGAGGCCUCCAACAGCGCGCCUGGCUUCUUCCCCGCCCUCACACACUUCACGGGCGCCGUCGAUGCCUUUCCAAAGGAGGUUGUGCGGCACUUCUCCAUGUUCAAGGAGGUCGAGGCUAAGCUGCACGACCCCGAGUUCCUGCUGCAGGAGCUGCUCAGCGAGAUCGCGCAGCAACCCACGACCACGAACGCCCAGCGGCGCGCCCUCGAACAGAACGCCGACGUGGCGAUCCAAAAUGCAAAUCAGCCCCCUCCCAACUUCGACAGCCUCCCGCCCGACGAGCAGGCCGUCAUCAGGAAGCGUCAACUGUUCCUGCGCUUGCGCAUGCUCAUCCACAACAUCCUCCCUACACUAGACGAGAAACUCGUCGUGCUAUCAGGCGCAAAGGCGACAAAAGACAAGGGCAUCACGCGCAUGAAGCACUCGUACUCGCAGCUCGACACCGAGAUCAGCGAAGAGGCACGCUACGGCAGCCUCACGCACUGGGCAUACGCAGACAAAGAGGAGAAGAAGAAGGGCGCUCCAAACCACGAGCGCCAGCGGCGCGAAGUUGCAGCCGCGAACAAUCUAGCCGCAGCUGCGCAGCAUGUGCACGACGUGGACUCGAUUGCUGCAAAGAGCGAGGCUCGUCGCGAAGCGGUGCAAGCCAAGCGUAGUCGCCAGCAGCAGGUCGACUCUGACUUCGACGACAGACCGACGACGAAGAAGCCACAGAAAAGGAAAGCGCACGCGCCUGACACGGCUGCGGACCACCGUGGCGUUGGACUGGGACUGUCGAGCACCGCCACUGGGCAGCAAGGCAAGAGGAAGAAGACCGAGAAGGCUCUUGCCGCAGCAGCGCCGACGGCCGCGCCCAUGGAACGAUCAAUGAGCGGCGCUCUGAAGGCUGCGGGCAACAGUGCACGAGCCGGCUCCAGUCCUCGAGUAACUCCGAGCAUUGAGAACCCUGCUCCUGCCAAACGGAAGCCACGCGCUGCUCCCGCACCUGCCCCUCGCAAGAACCAGCUGCCCGCUUAUUCUCCUCCACCCGCGUCUUCACCACUCGCCGCAAACUUCGCCAUCAAUAAAGCGACUGCUGGCAUUGCAGAUCGUCCACUGUCUUCGAGGGCAAGAAAGAAUUCCACUGCGAACUCUGCUGCCUCCGGUAGCGUGCCUGAACCUAUACCCAUCCGUCGUCCAUCGACCUCACAUUCCGUUCAGCAAGGCCCUGGCAGCAAUGCCAUCACUGAGCUGGAACAAGCUGCAGGCAUUGUACGCGACCUCGAAUCGAUCAAAGACGCCAUGAUUCCCCAGGAGACCACAGAGAGGCCCGUUCCUCUAGCUCCUACUGUCCUCAAGCAAGAAGAUCAAGAGCACGUACAAGAAGAACCGGAGAGCAUGGAUAUCGAUACUCCAGCAGCAAUGUCAUCUGCAGCUAGAGCUGCCCGGGUAUCCAAGCCCGAGACGCCCGUUGUGAGCUCAUUCCCUGAGGUUCCCAUGGCACGCAGCCGCAGUACUCGCAACGCGCAGAAUGGCAACUCCAACUCCAAUGGCUCUUCGGAGAACAACAGCACAGCAACAGGGGUAGUGUCGAAGCGAGGUAACAAGAAGAGCGGGCAAUCUGCAACAUCAGCAACCGAUUCGCCCGCACUCAAACCAGUGCCGACUGCGAGAUCGAAUCCUCCUUCUUCUGCAGCAAGCUCCAUCGCUCCCGAGCAGGAAUAUCAAGAUGCGGAGACGGACGAUGGCGAAGACGAGCCGCGGUACUGCUAUUGCAACGAGGUGUCGUACGGACAGAUGGUCGCCUGCGACAACGAUGCUUGUCCCCGCGAGUGGUUCCAUCUUCCUUGCGUGCAACUCGAAAAAGCGCCUGUCGGCAGGACUAAAUGGUUCUGCAGUGACGAGUGUCAAGAGCAGCACACCAAAUCCAAGGCGAAGGGGAAACGUCCGGGUAGUAGUAGACAAUAGGAAUUCGGAAGGAGUUCAAGGCGUUCUGGGACGGGUUUGCAGGCAUGCGAGUCUAGGCCAGGCCCGAAGGGAAAGGGCACGGCUAAGCUUAAGGAUAUUUGGGUUGGAUGGAAUGCUCUUUGAAGCUCCCAAUCUGCUUUUUCUGGGAUUUGUGGGUUUUCCGGCGUUAUGAUUACGACGCCUAGAACCGACUCUUUUGGAACAGGCACGGGGAGGUAUUCGGUUGGGGCGUUUGUUCGGUCUGACCCCUUGCAUGGACUUGCAGUAGGACAGCUCCACGCGUCUUUCAUGUGUAUACGUUUACGUGUAUCGACGUCUGUUUAGGCGACGGUCCGCAACCGUUUUUUCGCGCUUUGCGUUUUUAAAGAGCGCAUGCAUAGCGACAGCGAAACAUCGUUACGGCAAUUAGCAUACAAGAUUUAGAUACUCGAAAUGGUCCAUAAUGCAUCCAAACAUAUAUGACCA